CUAAACAAGUAGCGCAAUGGGGAGCAGUGGUUCCAGGUGUAAGCAAGUAAAACAGAAAACUCCAACUGCCUCCAACAGAAAAGACUUGAGAAAGGAACAGCUUUGUAAGGAGGGGUGUAUAACAAAUACUGACCAAACAUCUACCAGCUUAGCGUCCAAACAGUAUGCAGAAAACAAAAAUGAGGAAACAAAGGUGGAUUUCAAAGCUGAAGAACAUUACAAUGUUGAGGAAUACAGAGCCGUUCCCGAAGCCAUUCCUGUCGCUGUUCCUGUCCUGCCCUCGAUCUCCAUCAUCGCUCAGACAGGGGCUGUUAACUGUGUCCCUCAACUCAGCCACAAUACUAUUGGAGGUGAUGUGAACAUCAGCAUCUCCGUUCCAGCUCCGGAGAAAGAGGACACAUCCCAGGCCACAGAAAUUAGACAAGUGCUUGAUGUCUUACCAAGGGUUAAAGACAAACAUAAAUCUAUUCUGAGGAAGAAGUUUACACAUGUGAUUGAAGGCACAGCAUGGGAAAAAACUGCCCUCAACAGCAUCUUUACAGAGCUCUACAUUACCAAAGGAGAUAGUGAAGGGCUAAACCAAGAACACGAGGUGUGGCAGAUUGAGGAUAAAUCUAGAACAAAAUCAUCACCCGACAUUCCAAUCGACUGCAAUGACAUAUUCAAAUGUGAAGAAGGGAAACACAUUAGAACUGUACUGACCAAGGGGAUCGCUGGCAUUGGGAAAACGUUUUUAGUGAGGAAGUUUAUUCUUGACUGGGCCGAAGAAAAAGCAAACAAGGAUUUUGUUGAUUUCAUAUUUGAGCUUCCUUUCAGGGAGCUGAAUUUGAUUGAAGGUGAUAAUAAUCUUUCUGAACUACUUCUUGGCUUCUACCCGGAACUUGAAGACAUAGGGAAUUUACAAAAAUUGAAUGCUCUGUUCAUCUUUGAUGGUCUAGAUGAAAGCCGGCAUCCUUUGAAUUUUGAUGACAACAAGAGGGUGACUGAUAUAAAAGAGAGAUCGUCAUUUGAUAUAUUGAUGACAAACCUUAUCAAGGGAAAUCUGUUUCCCUCUGCCUACAUCUGGAUAACAUCCAGACCAGUUGCUGCCAAUCGUAUCCGACCUGAAAAGUUCAUCCACCAAGUCACAGAAGUACGGGGGUUCAAUGACCCACAAAAAAAACUGUACUUCAGGAGAAAAUUCAAGGAUGAGGACAAGGCCAACAGAAUCAUCUCACACAUUGAAACGUCAAGGAGCUUUUACAUCAUGUGUCACUUACCAGUAUUUUGUUGGAUCGCUGCUAUGGUUUUUGAGCAGAUGUUCAAGGAAAGUGAGAACAGAAAGAUCCCUACAACUCUGACUGAGAUGUACACACAGUUAAUGCUUAGCCAAGCAAAGCAGGCAAAUGAGAAGUAUAAGAGGACUGGCAAUGAGACAGAUCCAGAGAAGAUCUUGAAAUCGAGGAAGUGCUUCAUUUUGAAACUGGGGAGGCUGGCAUUUGAACACCUAGAAAAAGGCAAUUUUAUAUUUAAUGAGAACGACCUGGAUAAAUAUGACAUUGAUAUCAGUGAAGCUGCAGAGUACUGUGGGUUGUGCACAGAAAUAUUCAAACAACAAACAGUGAUGCAUAGAAAGAAAGUGUACUGCUUUGCACAUCUGACCAUUCAAGAGUAUUUUGCUGCCCUGUAUGUGUUUCACUGUUUUGUAAGUAGGAGCAUUGAGUCAUCAAGUCUCAAGUCUUUUCUGAUGGAAGGGUCAGAACCUGGACUCAAAUCUAUCCUUGAAGAAGAGCCUAUAAAUCUGCCUUUGAAUGAGUUCAUGGAGAUAGCAAUGUACAACUCAGUGGGGAGAAAGAAUGGAGAGUUUGACCUGUUCCUUCGCUUCCUUGUUGGCAUCUCACUGGAAUCAGUUCAGGAACUUCUAGUUGGACUACUGCCACCGACAAUGGAUGUUUCAGAGACUGUAGAAGAGGUCAAGUCAACCCUUAAGGAAAUGGAUCUAAUCGACGUCUCCCCUGAAAGGUGCCUCAAUCUUUUUCUCUGCUUGGCUGAAGUAAAAGAUAAUUCACUCCAUGAAGACAUUCAGAGGUGGAUGAGGUCAGAAAAUCAGGCAGAAACAGAACUCUCACCGGCUCACUGUUCUGCUCUGGCCUAUGUUAUACUUGCAUCAGACAAGGUAAUGGAUGAAUUUGACCUGAUGAAAUACAACACAUCAGAUAAGGGAAUAUUUAGACUCAUUCCAGCUGUGAGGAACUGCAAAAAGGCAAUAAUCACCAGUGUUUACCUUGACAAAUGGAUUCUGGAAACUGUGGCCUCAGCUCUUGACCUUCCAGACUCUCCAUUGAGAGAGCUUGACCUAAGAAACAAUCACCUGUUCGAUUCAACAGUCGAGCUGCUCUGUAAAGGACUGUUGAGCCCACACUGUAAACUAGAGGCUCUGAGAUUUUCUGGAGAAGGACUGUCAUCUAAUGCUUGUGCUCACCUGGCCUCUGCUUUUAAAUCAUUGAGCCCCCACUUGAGAGAGCUGGACCUGAGUGGCAAAUUACUGUAUGAAUCAUUAAAUGAAGUACUCUCUGCUGGCCUGGGGAGUCCACAGAGUAAACUAGAAAAACUUACGUUGAAUCAAAAUCUCCAAAUGAACAAAACCUGUGAAGUACUAGUUUCAGCUUUCAACUUAAAAUCCUGCCGUCUGAGAGAGCUGGACCUGAGUUACAGUGACAUGAACGUUUCAGGAGUGGAGUUGCUUUCUGCUGGACUGAAAAGCCCACACUGUAAACUGGAUACAUUUAGGCUUAAGCAGUGUAAUCUGACUGAAAAAUGUUGUGAGAUAUUGGCUCUAGCCCUCUGGUCAAACCCCUCAUGCCUGAGAGAGCUGGACUUGAGUAACAAUGACCUGCAUGAUUCUGGAGUGAAGCUGCUCUCUAAUGGACUGGUGAACUCAAACUGUGCACUGGAAAAACUAAGCCUGUCGUUCUGUAGAGUCACAGAGGGAGGGUGUGCAUACCUGGCUUCAGCUCUCAUGUUGGAAUCAUCCCAUCUGAAAGAGCUGGACCUGAGCUACAACUGCCCGGGAGACUCAGGUGUAAAUGUUCUGUCUACUAGACUUGAAGACCCACAUUGUAAACUGGAGAAACUCAAUGUGGACCAUAACGACGAGUGCUGGGUGAAGUUGGAGCUAUUAAGGAAGUAUGGCUGCAAGCUUGAAUUUGACCACGACACAGCACACCGUGAACUGUUUUUAGACGACCGAACUGUAAAACGGGUCCUAGAGGAGCAACCGUAUCCGGAACAUCCAGAUAGAUUUAUGGAAAGCCCAAUUGUGCUGUGUAAAGAGGGUCUUACAGGGCGCCGUUAUUGGGAGGUACAGUGGAAAGGUGCAGUUAAAAUUGGUAUGACUUGUAAAGACAUCCAGAGGAGUCGAGAAAUUAAUGGUUAUGGACUUGGACAUAAUAAAUCCUGGUGUAUAAAUAUAAGUGAAUCCAGCUGCUCCUUUCAUUAUGGUAGCUUAGGUAUAUUGUUCUCCCCUGAAGUCAUAUUCCAAAGUAAAUGUAUAGGAGUGUAUCUGGACUCAGUGGCCAGAACUCUGUCUUUCUACACAGCUGAAGGAGACACACUGGCCCACCUGUAUACAUUCCACUCCACUCUCUCUGAACCCCUCUACCCAGCAUUUGAGAUUAAUAAUAUAUAUUCAGAAAUAAUAAUCGAGGACUUGGACAUUAGCGGACAUUGAGCAUAUCAGACAGUGUUGUUUUGUAGCUAUCCUCGCCCCGGCACAGGAAUACCCUGUGAGGAAAAGAGUGCCGCUGUAUUUUCUGUGUUUUUGUUUGUGGCUGUGGACUUAACUUUGUUUGAUAAUGAACAGGGAAUAUGUAUAUAUGAAUGAACAUUGUAACUUUGUGGAUUUUGAUAAGGAACAGGGAAUAUGUAUAUAUGAAUGAACAUUGUAACUUUGUGGAUUUUGAUAAGGAACAGGGAAUAUGUAUAUAUGAAUGAACAUUGUAACUUUGUGGAUUUUGAUAAGGAACAGGGAAUAUGUAUAUAUGAAUGAACAUUGUAACUUUGUGGAUUUUGAUAAUGAACAGGGAAUAUGUAUAUAUGAAUGAACAUUGUAACUUUGUGGAUUUUGAUAAGGAACAGGGAAUAUGUAUAUAUGAAUGAACAUUGUAACUUUGUGGAUUUUGAUAAGGAACAGGGAAUAUGUAUAUAUGAAUGAACAUUGUAACUUUGUGGAUUUUGAUAAUGAACAGGGAAUAUGUAUAUAUGAAUGAACAUUGUAACUUUGUAACAUUUUUAUUGAUUUAGCUAAAGCCUUUGACGCUAUCAAUCGAUUUUAGUUGAUGUGUAUUAAUAUUGUCUAAGUGCAGAUGGUGACUCCCUCAUCUUAAUGGCGAUGACACUAUUCAAUAUACAGUAAGCAUCUCGUUGAAUACUGUGCUGUCCACUCUAAAAUCUUUAAUAAGAUCAAACUGUUUUUGGACCUUCUUUACCUAUUCCUGAAUCUCCCAGAAACGUGUAUGCUCUUU